UCAUCCCACCAAAUUUCAUGCGAUUCAGUUCAAUACUUUUUGAGUUCUGCGAAAGAUUUUGACCUGUUCAUGACCUUUGACCUUUGACCCGAUCGAUCCCAAAAUCUCAUCAACUGGUCCCCGGAUAAUAAACAAUCAUCCCACCAAAUUUCAUGCAAUUCGGUUCAAUACUUUUUGAGUUUUGCGAAUAACACGCAUACAAAUAAAUAAAUAAAUACACGGCGAUCAAAACAUAACCUUCCGGCAUUUUCAAUGCGAAGGUAAUAAUAAUACCGUUAACGCACUGCUAGAUGCGCAGUAGAAAACAAAGACCAUGUUGUAUAUGUUGAAUGAUUCGCGUUUGUGUUAAGAGAUUCAUGCUAAAUUUAAAUAUGACAUAUUCCAAUAUGAUGUAGUUUAAAAAAAUCCAAAUCAAUGAGUGACCGAGUCGCUCGGUGAACACGUGACACCGGAAGAAAAAAAAGUGUGUCCGUCAAUCACAGCAGAUGUAAUAAGAGUUGAACAACAAAAACAAACACAGAUUUUACUCGACGAGCACCGAGCGUGAAACGUGAGUGGUCGACCCUCCUCCCCCAUCACCCUCCGUGUUUACUUCCAGUUUCCUCCUCAACGGGGAAGGCCUCUCUCUCUCCGCCGCGUGAGUCAUAUGAAGAGACCGUGAGGGAGGAGGAGGAACACGGUGACCCGCGGCUGUGUUUGCUUUACUACCGCAGGAACAACCGGAAAGCCCGCGGAGAGGAACCGGUCCGCCGAGACACUGACAAGCGUACACAGUGACACCUCCGCUGCGUGACAAAGAAACUUCAACCUGCAGCCGCCGUGACGCAGUAAAUACCAUUUAGACACGUGACGUAAUGACAAGAGGGGCGCCUCGCCGGUCUCGCGACGCUCCGGUGGACCGCCGGUCGAGGCUCGCCGCCGGUUCCGACGCGGCGCGCCUCACCUGAAAGCUGCGCCCGGACCAGAGGACGGAGACGCGGGAGCAUGGUGAGCCGAGAGGAGCUGGAGGAGCGGCUGAAGAAGCUCCUGGUGAGGCUGCGGAUCCCGCUGGAGGACCGCCAGCUGUGCACGCUGGUCCAGAUCCUCCAGGAUCUGCUUUUCCUGCACUCGGACCACGCAGCCGAGCUGUUUGAGGACAAAGACGUCCAUGCCCCCCUCCUGGUGGUGUUGACAUUCUCCAUCGGCAGUAGAGAAAUCCAGCAGGUGGGCUGGUCGUUGCUCUGCCGGCUGAUCGAGAUGUGCCCCGCCACGCUGCACCGGCUGACCCGACCUCUGGAGGCCGCCAAGGACUGGGAGGUACUGGGAGUGCACCAGCAGAUCCUGAAGGUGCUCCGUCGGUACGGCGCAGACAGCAGAGUCUCCAUGGUGGGCCUCCGGGCCCUGGCCCUCCUGCUGCGAUCAGACAUAACUCCUCUGCUGCUGCUGCUGGAGGAGGAAGAGGAGGAUGUGUUCGGCCUGGUGGUGCAGGCGAUGAAGACGUUUCCUGCCAGUGAAGAGGUGCAACUGCAAGGCUGUGGAGCGCUGCAGCUCCUGCUGGAGACAGUGAGCGACGCCCACCUGGUGGAGUUCGUGGAGAACCAGGACCACCUCGUGGUUCUGGCGGCGCUGCAGAAGUUCCUCGACAACCCCGAGCUGCUGCUGCAGGCCCUGAAGGUGGUGCUGCCGCUGGCCCGCCCCGUCAGUAACGUGGAGGUGUUGAUGUCGGGCGGCGCUCGCUGCUACAGCGCCAUUAUCGCCGCCACGGACGCCUUCCCCGAGGAGGAGGAGCUGCAGGAGACGGCCUGCCGCCUGUUCAGGAGGCUCACGUCGGAGAGCUACUACAACAUCCUGGUGCUGCACGGCGUCCAGAGGGUGGUGCUCCGAGCCUGCCGGGCGUUCCCGGACAACGCCGCGCUGCAAGCCGCCGCGCUGUCCUGCCUGGCCGACCUCACCGCCACCAUUGUGCACACCAAGGCGGUGGCGGAGCAGGGUCUGGAGGAGGGCGAGGAGGACCGCGGCGGCCGGGGGGCGGAGGAGGAGGAGGUGGAGGAGGUGGGGCUGGGCUGGAUGGAGGCGUGCUGCACGGCGCUGGAGCUCCACGCGGCCGAGCCCGACGUGCAGGAGGCGGCGAGCUGGGCCGUCCACAAGCUGCUGCUGCACGGAGGAGCCCGCCGGCCGGGGGAGGAGCCGGACGAGAGGACUCCGGUCCACAGGCAGCUGAUGGUGGCCAUGCUGCUCCACUCAUCCUCUCCCCGUGUGUUCCACGCCGCCACCAGUGCCCUCGCCACGCUCCUCACACACAACGGUGAGAUGCGCCCGCUGCUGCUGUCCAGCGGGCUCCACGUCAACCUGGUGGACAUGAUGAAGAGGCACCCGGCCUCGCCCGAGGUCUCCGUCAGCGCCUGUCGGCUGCUCCGCCUGCUCUUCCAGGGAAGGACCGCCAGCCUGGACGAGCUGAACAUGGCCAUGACGCAGAUCCUCGGCGCCAUGAAGGUCCACAACUUCCAGCCGGAGGUCCAGCUGGAGGCGCUGCAGGCCAGCCUGGUCUUCCUCUGCCCGGACCGGAGCUUGAGGGAGCACGGCGCCUCGGUGGCGGACCCCGACGUGGCCGACGUGUCUCUGAAGGUGCUGAAGAACCAGUGUGUGGUGGAAGGAGCUCACACCCUCUACCUGGAGGUCCUCAACAGGUUCAUCAGCAGCUCCGUCAUCCAGACGUGCGGCCUGAAGGUGCUGUCGGCUCUGGCCGACUGCUCGGGCGCGGUGGACCUGCUCUGCCAGCAGGGGGCGAUCGACACGGUGCUGCACACGCUCCAGAUGUUCCCCCGGGAGCGAGAGAUCCACUUCUGGGGCUUCACGCUGCUCGUCUUCCUCGUGUCCAAGAAGAAGCUGUCGAGGAUGAUCGUCCCCGUCCUGGCCUCCGUCGUGGUCGCCUCCCUCGUGCAAUACGCAGACGACCCCGAGAUGCCCCUGAAGUGUUUCCAGGUGGCCUUGAGGAUGAUGGACGCCUGUUCGGGAGCCGCCGCCGAGCUGCAGAGGGAGGACUUCGACAGGCACGUCUUCAGACGCCUCAGGGAGGAGACGCCGGACCACAGCCACGGCGCCCUGCGUAAGGCGGCGUGCCUGGCCCUGUCCAGGAUGUGGUGCGACGCCCAGCUGCACGCCGCCAUGCUGGAGAAGGCGUGCGAGGACGGGGACGCCGCGCUGGCCGAGUGCCUCAUCGAGCUGGGCGCCGACGUCAACGGGAAGACCGAGGCGGAGUCGCUCAUCUACCAGGUGUGCGAGCGCGGCGGCCCCCUGGAGCUGGUGGAGCUCCUCCUCAGCCGCGGCGCCCACGAGCAGCACCUGCGCCGCGCCCUGGCCGCCAGCGUGAGGCGCGGCGACGGCCCCGCCGUCAUCCGGCUGCUGGCCCGCCUGGGCCUGGACCGGCACAACGGCGCCCUCUGCCUCGGGGGCUUCAGGCUGGGCCGCCUGGACGCCGCCUGGCUCGGCCCCCUGCUGGCGGAGAGGGGCCGCGCGGCGCUCAGUCCCCGCUCCACCGGCAGUAAAGGCGUGAGCUUGGCGAGGUACAUCCAGUCGUUCCAGAGGUCCAAGAGCGGCGGCGGCGGUCCUCAGAGAUCUCCGGGCGACCCCUGUCUGACCUCCGGCUACAUCUCCGACUCCAGCGACGACUUCAGCUUCGCCUCCGUGGACGACGGCCCGUCCUUCAGAGACGACGUGGAGAGCGACGGAAGUGACUCGCUGUCGGGCGUUCUGUCUCCGAAGCCGCACAACAAGUCGGCGGAGGAGUUGGCGGUCGGGUCCUUCAACAGGAAGCCGGGGCGCCGCAGACAUGCCAGCGCCGAGAGUGGUCCAGCUGACUCUGAGCACAGCGAGCAUGUCCAGAGGAGGAGUGGACGCAGCGGCUCCGGUCCAAAAGGGCCGGGGUCCUCGGAGCGGGUCCUGCUGCUGGACCUGUCGGGCAACGAGCUGGCCUCCCCCUGCUGCCUGCUGGACGCCGGGCCGCUGCAGCAGCAGCUGGCUCACCUGCUGCGUCUGGACCUGAGCCACAACGCGCUGCUGGACUUCCCCCCACAGCUGGCCCAGAGUCUGAGGAGGUUGACCCGUCUGGACCUUCAGGGCAACCAGCUGGCAGCGCUGCCCGUGGAGCUGCUGUCGCUGCGGUCGCUGAGCACGCUCAACGUGUCCCGUAACUGCGUGGGCCCCCUGCUGACCUUUGACCCCGCCGUGGCCUGCCCGUCGCUGCGGCAGCUCAACCUGUCCUUCAACCGGAUCACGGCGUUCCCCCGAGAGCUCGGCCGCGCCACGGCCCGGCUGGAGGAGCUGUUCCUGGAAGGGAACGUUUUGACCGAGCUCUGCGAGCCGCUGCGGCUGCCGGAGCUCCGGCUGCUGGACGUGAGCAACAACCGCGUGGAGAACCUUUCCGUGGACUUCCUGAGCGGCUGCCCCAAGCUGGAGACCUUCAGCGCCGCCACCAACAGCAUCGGUUCUCUGUCUCACCUCCCGCCCAAGGUCACGACCCUGAAGCUCUCCAACAACAGCUUCACCGACGUCCCCGAGGCCAUCCUCCGCCUCCCCAACUUGCGCUCCGUGGACAUGAGAACCAACUGCAUCGCCGCUCUGCCCGGUCCGGGCCUCUGGGAGUCCGGCAACCUCCGGGAGCUGAUGUUCAGCCAGAACGCCAUCCGGGUCCUGGACCUGAGCGGGCCGAUCUCCAAGUGGACCCGACUGGAGAAGCUCCACCUGAGCGACAACAAGCUCACUCAGAUCCCCCGACAGAUCGGCCUGCUGGAGGGACUCACCUCGCUGGACGUGAGCCGCAACGCCAACGUGCGGUCCUUCCCCGACGAGAUGGGGAGGCUGGGCCGCCUUUGGGACCUCCCGCUGGACGGCCUCCGACUCCAGCUGGACCUCAAGCUCAUCGGCGGCAAGACCAAAGACAUCGUCAGGUUCCUGCAGCAGCGGCUGAAGAAGGCGGUGCCGUACUACCGCAUGAAGCUCAUCGUGGUGGGGAACGCCGGCAGCGGGAAGACCGCCCUGAUCCAGCAGCUGAUGAAGCUGAAGCGCUCCUCCAACGCCAAGACGGCCGCCGUCGGCAUCGACGUCCGCGACUGGACCGUGAAGGAGCGGGACAGGAAGAGGAUGGUGCUGAACGUCUGGGACUUCUCGGGAGGAGAGGAGUUCAGCGGCUCUCACCCUCACUUCCUGACCUCCAGAGCUCUCUACCUCGUGGUCUACAACCUCAGCAAAGGCGCCGGGCAGGUGGACGCCCUCAAGCCCUGGCUCUUCAACAUCAAGGCCGCCGCCCCCCUGUCGCCGGUCAUCCUGGUGGGGACCCACUUGGACGUGAGCGGCGAGCUGCAGGUCCAGGCCUGCCUGACCCGGAUCCGGGAGGAGCUGCUGAACCACCAGGGCUUCCCGGCCAUCCGGGACUACCACAUGGUCUCGGCCUGCGAGGACUCGGACGCCGUGGCCAAGCUGCGCAAGGCCAUCGCCAGGGAGGCCGCCGGCUUCAAGAUCCAGGGUCAGCCCGUGAUGGGCCAGCUGGUUCCGGACAGCUACGUGGAGCUGGAGCGCCGGGUUCUGCAGGAGAGGGCCAGGGCUCCCCCCGGGUUCCCCGUGCUGCGGCGCCGCCAGCUGCUGCAGCUCGUCCAGGAGAGUCAGCUGCAGCUGGAGGAGGCGGAGCUUCCCCACGCCGUCCACUUCCUCAGUGAAGCCGGGGUUCUACUGCACUUUGAUGAUCCUGCUCUUCAGCUCCAGGACCUCUACUUCAUCGACCCCCAGUGGCUGUGCAACAUCAUCUCCCAGAAGCUGACGUUGAAGAGCGGUGGCUUCUGGGAGCCGCCCCAAGGCGUGGUGCAGCGCUCGGCGGUGGAGCAGUUCCUGUCUGAGAGCCGGUGUUUCCCCCAGAGCCUCCUGCCGCAGUUCCUCAAGCUGCUGGAGAAGUUCCAGAUCGCUCUGCCCUUCGGCGAGGACCAGCUGCUGGUGCCCAGCAGUUUGUCCAAACACCGGCCGGCGAUCGAGCUGCCGCACUGCGAGAACUCCGAGGUGAUCGUGCGUCUGUACGAGAUGCCGUACUUCCCCAUGGACUUCUGGUCCCGCCUGAUCAGCCGCCUGCUGGAGGUCUCGUCCCACCUGCUUUGCGGAAGAGAAAAGGCGGUGCGACCCAACCGGGUCUACUGGCGGAGGGGCGUGUACCUGAGCUGGUCCCCGGAGGCCUACUGCCUGGUGGAGGCGUCCGCGGGGGAGGGGAACCCCUCCAGCUUCGUCCGGAUCACGGUGCCCUCCUCACGCAAAGGCCGGGUGCUGCUGGGCCGGCUGGUGGACCACGUGGACUCCCUGCUGGAGGAGUGGUUCCCCGGGCUGCUGAGCACCGACGUGCACGGCAGCGGCGAGGCGCUGCUCAAGAGGUGGGCCCUGUUCAGCUUCCAGGACGGGACGGACCGGAGCAAGAUCCUGCUGGAGGACCUGUUCCCCUGCUUCGACCGCGACUUCCUGCUGGUGGACCCGGAGGACCCCCGCUGCACCCUCCCCGUCUCUCAGAUCGCCCCCGACUUGGUGCUGAUGGACCAGCCUGCAGGGAUCAUCCUGGACGCCGGAGCGCUGCACAUCGACAUGUCCGCAGAGAACCGGCUGGGGGACGGGGGCUUCGGGACGGUGUACCGGAGCGUCUACAAGAACGAAGAAGUGGCGGUGAAGCUGUUCAACAAGCACGCGUCCGAGCUCCACAUCCACAGGCUCCUCCGACAGGAGCUGGUGGUGCUGGGUCGCCUCCGUCACCCCAGCCUGGUGGGCCUGCUGGCGGCCGGCUGCUCCCCUCCGGUGCUGGUGAUGGAGCUGGCUCUGAAGGGCUCGCUGGACUUCCUGUUUGAGCACGAGCGCGGCGGCCUCAACAGGAAGCUGCAGCACAGGAUCGCCCUGCAGGUGGCCGACGGACUCAGGUACCUCCACUCCUCCAUGAUCAUCUACCGGGACCUGAAGCCGCACAACGUGCUGCUCUUCAACCUGAAGACCGACUCGGAGAUCAUCGCCAAGAUCACCGACUACGGCAUCGCCCAGUACUGCUGCAGCAUGGGCGUGAGGAGCUCGGAGGGCACGCCGGGUUUCCGAGCCCCGGAGGUCGCCCGGGGCAACGUGACCUACAACCAGCAGGCCGACGUGUUCUCCUUCGGCCUGCUGCUCUACGACCUCCUGACCUGCGGAGAGAGAAUCUCCGACGGCAUGAAGUUCCCCAGCGAGUUCGAAGAGGUGGCCGUGCAGGGGAAGCUGCCAGACCCAGUGAAACACUACGGCUGCUCCCCGUGGCCGGGCUUCCAGGCGCUGAUGAAGGACUGUCUGAGGGAAAGCCCUCAGGGUCGGCCCACCUCUGCUCAGGUGUUCGACCGGCUGAACUCCGGGGAGAUGUUGUGCCUGAUGAGGGAGCUGCCGGUUCCCCGGGUGUCCAACGCCGAGUGCCUGGCGGUGAGCGGCGGCGGCGCCGACGGGCCCCCGGACGGCCACCAAGCCUGGCUGGGCGGAGGCAGCAGCGCCCAGAGACUCGGCUCCAUCACGGCGGUGGACCUGGACGACGGCACCGUCACCACGCAGGAAAUGGACUCCGGUCCCGUCUCGUGUCUCGUGACGGUCCAGAUCCCGGGCGAGGCGUGUGAUUGGCUCGUGGCCGGCACCCAGUCCGGCUCCUUGGUGGUCUUCAGCGCUCGGGACCCGUCGACUCGGCACCGCCUGCAGAGCGUCGCGGAUGCCGUCACCUCGCUGUACUUCCACGUGCACCCUCGUCACGCCCAGAGAAAGAGUUACCUGCUGGUCGGGUCGGCGGACGGCGUCCUCACCGUGUUCGAGGACUCGGUCCUCCAGCAGGAGAACGGGCAGCCGGUCAAAACACUCGCGGUGGGCCACGCCCACUCGCCCGUGGUGUGCCUGGGCCCGUCGUCCCACCCGCUGGACAGCAGGGCCGUGUGGGCCGGCUGCGGCGCCGCCAUCUUCUCCUUCACCGCCGACUACGACGUCUGCAAGAGCAUCGACACCCGGCGCGGCCUCCCGCCGCGGCAGCGGCGGUCGCCGGACGGCGGCGAGGCGUGCGGCGGCGGCGGCGAGGCGUUCGUGUCGCAGCUGGUCGUGGACAAACACGUGUACCUGAGCAAAGCCGGGGCGGCGAGCGUGGAGGUCUGGGACAAGCGGGCCGAGAGGAUGUUGGACCACGUCGACUGCGCUGAGAUCCUCGGGAUGAAAGGCGUCGAGGUGACGUCCCUGCUAGUGCAGAGCGCUGCAGUGCUGUGGGUGGGCACUAGGGGGGGCCACCUGCUGCUGCUGGAGCUCUCCUCCCACCGGGCGCUGCAGGUCGUCGGGCCGCGUGGCUCCGCUGUCCUCUGCAUGGCCUCGGCGCUCAUCGAAACACUAAACUGGAAGAACGUGGUUCUGGUUCUGGGCCGGAGACCCCCGCAGGACGCGGGUCCGCUGGACGAGGAGUCGGUGCUGAUGGUGUGGAACGCCUCGCUGCCGAUGGAGGUCAAGGACCUGGACAAGCACAGCGAGAAGAGGCGGCAGAUGGCGGUCCGGAUGAGCGAGCAGCUCCAUCACGACUGAGCCGCACACACACACACACACACACACACACACACACAGUGUCGGUGGAAAAGGGAUCGACUCUCCGGUGGCUCGAUGUCUCACGUUGAAGGUUCACCUCUCAGAGCACUGGCCAGCAACUCGGGGGGAGAGGGGGGGGGGAGCACGUUGCAAUCAAUCAAUCAUAAACAAACUCAGUUUCUGAAGACGCACUUGUAAAAAUGAUUGUCUGUGUUUUAGAAUCUUUAGUAAUCUCAUGAAGCCGUCGUUCCUCAUGAGUGACGCGGCGCCCGGCCGUUGUUUUUAAUCCGCAGCGUCGUUUCCACAAAGAAGCCAAACGGGGGGAAGUCGCCUCUAAAAGUUUACAUUUUGAUUAUUUAUUCUCAGCUCGUUCAGAACAAAGUGGCUUUGUACAAAGUGUUUACGUCACGCCCUCAGUCACUGUGACGGCCUCCUGUCGAUGAACACAAGGAAAACAUGUCAAUUAAAUCUUUUGUUUUGAUUUUAUAAAUAUGUUUCUGUCUUA